AUGUAUUUAAAAUUGCAUACGGUUGUGCUUAACAUGAUAUUUUUUACUUGUUUCAGGAAAUUUCACUGUACCAGAAACUACAUCCACAUGCACCUGUUUGGCUCUUUCAUCCUCAGAGCAUCAACUGUCAUCACUAAAGACGUAAUUUUGUUCUCUGAUCCUGUGGUAGAUCACUGCACACUAUCAACGGUUCCUUGCAAGAUUGCUGUGGUAUUCUUUCAUUUUGGCGUCUUAUCCAAUUUCUUCUGGUUGUUCAUAGAGGGGAUGUAUCUCCAGACAUUACUUGCACUAACAUUUGUUUCCGGAAAAAAAUACUUUUGGUGGUUCAUCGUAAUUGGAUGGGGUGGUCCAACUGCUGUAAUGAUAAUCUGGAUCGUCAUCACGUUAUUAACUAACAACACAGGAUGCUGGGAUAAUAAUAAAAAUGUAGCAGUGUGGUGGAUAAUCAAAGGGCCGAUAUUGCUAACAAUAUCAGCUAACUUUGUAAUAUUUGUGAAUGUAAUCAGAAUCCUGGUGCAAAAAUUACGAUCCUCAAAUAUUGGAGGAGCACAUUCCAGCCACUUCAUAAGGCUAGCAAAAUCAACACUUCUGCUCAUUCCCCUUUUUGGAGUGCAUUAUGUGGUGUUUGCAUUUUUCUCAGAGAGUGUAGCAGUGGAGAUGAGACUCUUUGUUGAGCUUGCAUUGGGCUCCUUUCAGGGUUUUGUUGUCGCCCUUCUCUACUGUUUCAUGAAUGGUGAGGUCCAGAAUGAGAUCAAGAAAUAUCUGCGAAGGUGGCAGUGUCAAAGGUAUUUCAGCCUCAGCCAGAAAAGCCUGAAUACGCCCUUAGAAAGCAGUGCCACCAACUUUGUAACUCAGUCGUCAUUACUGGAAAAGCUCAGUCCUAAGCAAACGUCAUCAUGGUACCACAACUCUAUCUCAGCCGUGUAAAAAAAUGUAACUUUUUUUGACCUAUAUUCAUGUAUCUUGCCUUUGUCAGGCAUGCUAUACACUGGGGUCUUUUUCAUAUCCUUAGUCAAAAGUCUGUGCUGUUCUUUGUGAGAACAUUGCUUAUGCUUUUCUGAAAAACAUUUCCUUACACUGCACUUAUUGGUCAGUCUGUGUUCUUUAACAAACUGAGACACUCUUUAGCAAUCAAGCUGAUGUACUUAACUAAGUGGCUUUACUGAUGCCAUUAUCUUAUUACUGCCCUCUUAGGAUGUGGAUGCUUGUGAUGCAUCCUGAAUCCGAAAAUAACUCUGAAAAGUGGUCAUCUAACUCAGACACAACUGUUCAGUGAGUGAAGAAAGUGAUAAUGCAAUGGUUAACUGCACCAUUAAGUGCAAAUAGGCUAAAUGGCAAUCUGUGCCACUCAUAUAAAUGUAAGCCCUUAUUUUUCCACCUCCUAUUUCAGUGUCAUCAGCCUCAGUGGUAGUUAUUUAAAAUGUGUAGUAGAUUUCUUUGUUUCAGAAAAAUGUAUGAGACUCAUGUUUAUCUGCUAAAUCAUUUAAGAUUGAUAAUCUAAAUAUAUGACAAA